UGAAGUCUGCAUUAUAUUAAAUCUUUUAAAAACAUUGUCAUCUUUUGGUGUAAGCUUUAAUUUUUUCUGAUUUAUUAAAAUGGAGAAUUCAAACAACAACCGCUAUGAGCUCUUGUUCAUGGAUGAUGACGGUAACCCCACUGUAGCACCUCUCAAAUCAGUAUUGGCUGCAGGUACCGGCAAAAAGAAACCUGCUACUCAACAAAAUGUCAAUGCGAAUAAAGUAGAAAAAGAGAAUAAACCAAUCUUGUUGAAUAAGAAUAACGUACAAGUUUCGAAUGGAAUGACUGUCAAAACUAAAAAUGCACACACUUUGGCUACAAAAGAAACACGAACAAGAGUUAAUCCCUCACGCUUUGAGGGAACGGUCAAACACUAUUCCGGUCAAACUGAAUACAAUAGUGAACUCCCACAACGCCAAUUUAAGGAUCGUGACAAUAAAGGGCUACAAUCAUCACGUUUUCGUGGCACUGAAAAAUUUGGGAAACGGGAAUUUGACCGUCAAUCUGGGUCGGACAAAACAGGUAUUAAAUCAGUUGAUAAACGUGAAGGUGGCGGUGCUCACAACUGGGGCUCUGCGAAGCAAGACAUUGAGGACAUAAAAUCUGGUGAACCAGCGCAGAUCACUGAAAAGGAAGAGUCAGGAAAUGAACAACCUGGAGAUGGAGCACAAGCAGAGGAAGAUGAGUCCAAGCAGAUGACGCUGGAUGAGUGGAAGGCAAUGCAGGAGCAACGCGCUAAGCCCAAUUACAACUUAAGAAAGGCUGGCGAGGGCGUGGAUAAUUCUGAAUGGAAAAAAAUGGUCGUACUAAGCAAAAAGAAGAACAUGGAGAAUGAAGAUGAACUGGAAUACGACCCAUCAUUGUAUCCACAGCGUGUUGGGCGUCUGCAGCGUAUUGUCGAUAUUCAGUUCAAUUUUAAUGAUGGACGCAAAUCUGGUUUUCGGAAGGGAUUUCGUCCGCCACCUCGUAGCGGCCUUCGUCAGGAGCCGGUCUCUGACAAUGGUUAUCAAAAAUCUGGACCACCGAAAUUUGACGAGAAGCGUCGUGUGGGCUCCAAGUCCUUGAAAGUUGAUGAUGAAGCUCAAUUUCCCACACUUUCUUAAAAAGACAAAUCCCAGCUACGUUUUUACCAUAUAAUAAACUAUUCUUAAGUGGUUUACAAUUAGGGUCGCCAAACUUCUUGACAUUCAAAUGUUCACUCAAUUCAAAUGAUUACGCAACUCAAAGUUCUUUUGAAACUCUCAAUGCAUUUGAUCACAAAAAUAUGCUAUUUUAAAUAGCUCCUUAUACACACAUUCAACAAAGAGACGAGUUAUUUAAUGUCAAGUGGACUCUCACAAUCCUUUACAUAAUUUAGAUGGAUAAAUAUAAAAAUACACAAGAAACACAAGUGUAUAAUAUAAGUUGGAGAUUGAUUAGCUCAGAUAACUGGAAUGAAAUAAACUAAAA